CUCUGCCUCCAACACCUUACGAACAAUGCCCGCUUGUAUUUCUCACUGUCUCUUCAACUCUAAUUCAUCGAAACUUUUUUGAUCUCCGUGAUAAUCGAUCUGCUUUCCUAACGUUUACUGUAAAAAAAGGAUCGAUCAGACAUCUAGGGCAUGGAAAUGGCUUCCAUUACUUCAAAUCCACGUACAGUAGAAGAGAUCUUCAAAGAUUACAGUGCUCGAAGGGCUGGGAUAGUUCGAGCCUUAACCUACGAUGUCGACGAGUUUUACGCACUCUGCGAUCCAGAGAAGGAAAAUUUGUGUCUGUACGGACACCCGAAUGAGAGCUGGGAAGUCACUCUUCCCGCUGAGGAAGUUCCGCCUGAGCUGCCCGAGCCAGCGUUAGGGAUCAAUUUCGCAAGAGAUGGGAUGAACCGCAAAGACUGGCUUUCUUUGGUUGCUGUGCACAGUGAUUCUUGGUUGCUCUCCGUGGCUUUCUAUUUUGGGGCCCGCCUGAAUCGCAAUGAAAGGAAGCGAUUGUUUAGUAUGAUCAAUGAUCUUCCCACCAUCUUUGAAGUUGUGUCUGAAAGGAAGCCCAUGAAAGACAAGCCCAGUGCAGAUAGUGGAAGCAAAUCUAGACUCGGCACAAAAAGAUCAAGUGAUGGACAGGUGAAGAACAGUUCAAAACCAGCUGAUGAGGGCUAUGUGGAGGAUGAAGAUGAACACAGUGAAACCCUUUGUGGGAGUUGUGGUGGGAACUACAAUGCUGAUGAGUUCUGGAUUGGCUGUGAUAUUUGCGAGAGGUGGUUCCAUGGAAAAUGUGUCAAGAUUACACCUGCGAAGGCUGAAAGCAUAAAGCAGUACAAGUGUCCUUCUUGCAGCUUGAAGAGGGGCAGACAGUAGUCACUAAACCUGAUCCAAGGUUAUAACAUUGAUUUGGUGGCUGACAUUGUAGCAGUAGCAGUAGUAUGUAUGACAAGCAAAUAUUCUUGGUGCUGUGAUAAUUUUCAUUUCAACCGAGACUCUUUAAAGGGGUUUGAAUGUCCUGUUGUUGUCCUUUCAUCUGUGUUUUUUUUGUUAAAUUUUUUUUUUUGUUCUGUUAGAUAUUUUUGUUAUAUAUACACAUGCAAUUUAAAGAAAUGUGUAUUGUUUUGUGAUUUUA